AUGAUUCGUGUUUUACUAUUAUCGGGUAUUGCAGCUAUUUUUAUUACGAUUGAGGAAGUAAAAAUUUUCAAUCCUUCAGAUGUGUCUCUGUUGGUUCAGUUGCUGCCCAUAGCAAACUAUCCAAACCCACAGUCUAUGUUAGAGUUGCUUAUUGAUAGAGAAAAAUUUGAUCCUGAUGGAAUUGAAGUGGAUGAUCUUGAUGUGUUUUUCCUGAAAGAUUUAAAAAAUAAAUCAUCAUGUGGUACAGUUAUAAAGCACAGUACGUUUAUAGAGACCACCUAUGGUGUCAAGCCAAAUACAAGUACAGUGUCAUUAAUUCUGAAACCAAGAAGUAACAUCACAGUCAUCCUUGGCUUUGCACCAGUAGAUGAAACACUCAGAACAUCCUUGAUUUUAAUAAGAAACAACUUAACCAUAAUAGAUUUUUUACUGGUGGAAGGCCAGGGUGCUAGAGGCGAGUUUCGUGUCAGUAAUAAAAAACCAGGAGCCAAUAGUACCCUGCUGUUUGAAUUGAAGGCCAGUCAUCUUGCAGAUUGUGACAGAUCAUCAUCAAAAGCUAGAUCACCUCCCAAUUUUACUGUCAAAAGAACAUUUACAACAAAAAAUGUGGGCCAGCUACCGAUUCAUAUCCGGACGUUUGAAGUGAACGGGUACGAAUGUGAAGGCUAUGGCUUCAAAGUUUUGAACUGUAAGCCGUAUAUAUUAAAACCAAAUCAGACGUAUAAAGUUGACAUUGCUUUCACACCAGAUUUUACCCUGUCGCGAAUCACUCGUCACCUGAAAUUUAUCACUGAAAAAGGCCCUAAUAUGGAGUUCAUGUUAAUAGCAACAGUACCACCACAUCUACUACCGAUGUGUUCAACAGCGUUACCAAGACCACCAUGGGAACAUUUACUUUACGCUGCCACUAUCUGUUUGAUGAUAACGUUAUUUAUGGGUGUAAUUAUGGUGUCCUAUUUGGAGGCGUUAAGGUUCAUAGAACCAUCCUCUUUAAAAAAGAAACUCCCCACAGGAUCCAGGAAUUGAUAAAAGCAAAAGAUUUGACCUUCGGAGUAUUGGAACUAAUAAACCCAGUUCUCCUGAUCCAAAACACAGUAGUAUAAUAACAGGACUUGGGAGUACACUUGGCUUUAUACAGAGGACACCAUCACCGCCACAGAAUAACCACACAAUCAUGGCAAAUAAUACAAAACCACCACCAAACGAAACCCAUCAACUCAAUGAGAAAAAACUGCCCCCAGAGAGAGAAAGAGUAAAACAGAAUACAUGGAAUUCCAAUAAUAAUAAAAUUACCCAUCUAGAAAAUCUAGCAACCAGGGGGUCUCCUGUACAUGUGUCCGCCAGGAGCUCCCCUCCAGUUGCUAAGAAACAAAACCAACCAAAGAACAACAAGAGACGGCAUUAUAUAGAGCCUGAACUAGAACAAAAUUCUAUCAACGACACAAAGCUUUUAGAUAAAGAGUAUGAACUGCAGAAACACAACUUGGUAGAAAACCUUGCGUCGUGCAGCAACAAUGUUGAGAAGGCAACUGAGCAAUCCCAACCACAACACAACCAUAGCGAUUUGGAUAUUAACACACUUAAGAAGAU